AUGAUCAAGGAUGCAGGAGAGGAUUAUGGGAAAUGGAGGACCCACGUGUGUCGCUAUGAAAGGCCAUACAUGUGCAAAAGGGCUCUGAACACUAUUUGUCCUCUGGGGUGGCUGAGCUUCGGUGGAAGCUGCUAUUUGGUGGUCAGUAACAGCCACCUGCUGACCAGCUGGCACCAGGCCCUGACCAGAUGCACCGACAUGGGUGCCAACCUGGUGACCAUCAAAAGUGAGGAUGAGCAGUACUUCAUCAACGCUCAGCUCCCUGACCUCCACCAGGUGGACAUACCUGAUGUGUGGAUUGGAGUUUCAGAUAAGGACCAGGACGGAUCCUUUAAAUGGGUGGAUAAGACUGACAUUCAGUUCUCCAACUGGAACUCCGGCUUCCCAAAAAACACGGACACUUACUGGGACUGCGGACAGAUUUACACCGGAAACUACGCUGGAAAGUGGGAGACGACCAACUGCUUCAAGAACCUGGCCUACAUCUGUAAGAUGUUGGGGGGUCAGAAUGUUAAGCCCACCGCUGCGCCAGACUCUCACUGCGAUGAAGGCUACCUGCUGUACGGUGAUUACUGCUACCACUUUGAGUCUGAAAUGGUCAAAACCUGGCGGGACGCUGAAGCCUACUGUGUGGCUCAGGGUGGACACCUGGUCAGCGUACACAACGAAGAGACAGUCAGCUUUCUAACAGCUCAUAUGUCCAGGUCCUCCUGGGUGGGUCUGAAUGAUAUUGAAACAGAGGGAACCUUUAAGUGGACAGAUGGAACGGCUGCUGACUUCUUGCCGUGGGAGACCAAUCAGCCGGACAACUGGCAGGGGGAUGAGGACUGUGUACACAUCCGGGGGACGGAGCACUGGGAGACGGGAAAACUGAACGAUCUGCCCUGCAGCUCCACCUACCCCUUCAUCUGCCAGAAAGCUAAAGGACAGGGUCCUCCACCAGUUCCUCCAACAUCUGGGCCAGGCUGGAAUGAGAAGUGUGGUUCGUGGGUUGCCGACCCCUUUAACGAUUACUGCUACCUCUUUAACUCUCUGUCUCUGCGUAAGUGGGUGGAGGCUCGGGCGGACUGUGUGAAUCAGGGUGGGGAUCUGCUGAGCAUCACUGAGCCGUUCGAGCAGGGCUUCAUCCAGGCUCAAAUCCAGUCGAUCACUACCGGCGUGUCUCUGUGGAUGGGAGGCCACGACUCGGUCACUGAGGGCGGCUGGGAGUGGACAGAUAAAUCACCCUUCCGUUUCAUCAACUGGGCUUCGGGUAAUCCUGAUGAUUACUACGGUGAAGACUGUCUCACCAUUUACAUCAACAAUGGCUACUGGAACGACGACAACUGUGAAUACAAUCGGGGCUACAUCUGCAAACGCCGCGGAAACACUCCAGAACCGCCACCACCUCAUGAUGGCUUUCUAACAGCAUAUACGUGUGAGGGCUCCAAUAUGGUCCUGCACUGUCCCACCAACAGCGUCAUCAACAUCAAGUCUGCUUUCUUCGGCCGCAACAGUGAUAAAAUCUGCCCGUAUGAGGACGGAUCUCUGGGUUCAUGCACCAUCCCAGGUGUCCUAGACAAGGUCAGGAAGAUGUGUGACAACCGUGGCUUCUGUUUCAUCUUUGCCUACACGGAGACAGACCCAUGCCCCACUGUCUCUAAGUACAUGGAGGUGGUCUACAGCUGUGAGCAGGACGUGUGUGUCAGGGGUCUCGGGGUCGAGGACGGGAACAUCACAGACUCCAUGCUCUCUGCCUCCUCCUCCAUCAGCGGGAAAGAGCCCACCAGAGCUCGUCUCAAUGGAGAUUCCUGCUGGAUGCCCACCAACUCAGCUACAAACUCAUGGAUCCAGGUGAGCCUGACUGAGACCAAGAAGAUCACAGGGGUGGUGAUCCAGGGCUGCCCCACUGCUGACCACUGGGUGAAGAAGUUUAAAGUCCAGACCAGUUUGGACGGCGUCUCGUGGACAGAUUACACCACUGAAGGAAAGGUGGAGGAGUUCCUGGGCUCAGUCGACAGAGGAACUCCUGAGACGCAGCUGCUUGGGACGCCCGUGUCCGUCAAACACAUCCGGAUCCUUCCACUGGAGUGGCAGAACGAGGCCGGCAUGCGCGUCGAAAUCCUGGGCUGCAAGCCAGACUACGCCAUAACGUGCAGUAAAACCCCCAGCCUGGACCACUCUGUAGAUAAAAUGACAGUCCACUGUCCCGCUGGUUGUGCGUCAGAGUCCUACAACGUGCACGGAACCCUGACCUACCGCGGUGACUCUAACAUCUGUGCAGCUGCGAUUCAUGCGGGCGUCGUCCUGAACGAGUUGGGCGGAGACUGCACAGUGCUCAAAGCUCCAGGGCAGAACUUCUACAGCGGCUCCAGCAGAAACGGCAUUACCUCCAAGCAAUACAGUGGGGAUUAUUCGGUGUCCUUCCAGUUUGCUGAUGGAGAGCUGCGGUGUCCCGGGAAUGACUGGUAUGAGUUUGGGGAAUUCUGCUAUAAGGCCUUUGAUGAGAAGAAGACGUGGCAUGCGGCUCGCUCUGAGUGCAGGAGGCUGGGGGCAGACCUGGUGUCCAUCAUGUCCCUCACAGAGCAGAGCUGGCUGGAGAGCUACCUGUACCUGGCCACCAAUGAUGUCUGGACCGGGCUGAAUGACCUGGACUUCUCUGGCUACUUCACCUGGUCAGACCACCAUGAGGUCACUUUCACGUACUGGUCACCUGGAGAACCAAACAACCACCUGGACUUUAACGAGGACUGUGUGGAGAUGUACUAUCAGACUGGCAGAUGGAACGACGUCACCUGCACUGAACUGAACACCUUCAUCUGCAAAAUGGCUAAAGGUCAUUACGCACUGCCCUCCAUCAAACCCACAGUGUACGGGUGCCCACAGGUGAGUCCUGCCCACAGGCUGACCACAGGGCUCAACCCACCCCACCUGAUCUGGGCUCACAUGUUAUACAGUCAUUAA